CUUUCCGGUGGGAUCGCCUUGAUCCUAUUUAUGCGUCUCUUAUGCAGCUUUCAGUCUCGAUCCUUGUAGUCAGUGUCUUGGGUUUAUUCUUGUCUUGUGUCUUCCCAAGUGCGGACCGAGGAGUGCCUUGGACACUCGGUGGCCCCCAAACAGAGAGUCUGAAAACAAGUCUAAUUCAGAUGCCGCCAUUUACACCUGAAGAUAUUGACGGCGUGAGGGCAAGCUUCCCCGCAUUGUCAGGAGAUUAUAUAUUCUUCAAUACUGCAGCUGGAAGCCAGGUAUUGGGAUCAGUAGCUGAUCGUGUGCGGGACUACCUCAUAACUCCAAACCUCGUCAACGACGGUUAUAAAGCCGCAGCAGACUUUAUCAACGCCUCCCCAGAUGAAAUAGUCUUCGGCUCCUCCGCAACCCAACUCCUUUACAACCUCUCUCACGCCCUCUCUUUCUCACCCGAAGAUGAGAUCCUCCUCUGCCCCCUCGACCACGAGUCCAACAUUGCCCCUUGGCUCGCCUUAGCAGCACGUCAAAAUCUCAAAGUCCGCUGGUGGCACCCCCAACUCCCACCUGAAGAUCAACCGGGUUGCGUCAACCCCAAACUCGACCUCACCAACCCUCCCAUCUCCCCCAAAACCCGCCUCAUUUGUUUAACCCACACAACCAACAUCCUCGGCACCAUCCACGACAUCAAAUCCCUCUCCGCCAAAAUCCGCCUCCUAAACCCCCAGACCCUUCUCUGCGUUGACGGCGUAGCCCACGCACCCCACCGCCGAAUCGACGUCAAAGAUCUCGGGGUCGACUUUUACGUCUUCAGCUGGUACAAGCUUUUCGGACCUCGAAUCUCACAGCUGUACGCCAGUCCCUGCGCUAGGGCACAGCUCCAGUCCAUGGGGCAUUUCUUCAACCCUGCUGAGAGUUUGGAUGACAAGAUUGGGCUGGCGGGGGGGUGGUGUCAGGAGUUGAUUUACGGGAUUCUGGCUGUGGUGAAGUAUCUGACGCCGAGAUGGGAGGGGGUUGUAGACCAGGAGGAGAGGUUACAGUCGGUUUUGCUGGGUUUGUUGGCGGGGUUGGAUGGAAAGAUAACGAUUUACGGGGAGUGGUGUGGUGAUGCUAAGGUGAGGGUGCCAACGGUGAGUUUUAGGGUGAGGGGGUGGAAGUCGAAGGAUUUUGUAGAGGCUAUUGAGCGGGAGACAAAUGGGAGGGUUAAGGUGAGCUGGGGGACUUAUUACUCUGUGAGGCUGGCUAAGGAGGUGCUUGGGUUGGGGGAUGAUGGGGUUGUGAGGGUGAGUUUGGCGCAUUAUAACACUGUGGAGGAGAUACGGUUGUUCUAUACCGCUCUUCUAAAGGUGCUGGGCCUUGAGGGAAGCGGUAAUGGUGCGAGGGAAAGUGAUUGGAAGAUCUAGGGGCUGAGGCGACACAAUGGCCAAACAAAAAAAAUAACAAAAGAACGCAAAAAGUAGGACUGGAAGCCCUGGACUCUGAUCAAGCCGAGCAGGCGAGCACAAUCCACAUUUUGCGGUGAACCUUUGCGAGCAAAGGUCCAAUAAACCACACGCCGCCGUUGACCACUGCGCCAAAUACC